UUUCAAAACCCCAAUUUAGUGAUAAAUCAGAAAACCCUAAAAUUUUACAAAUAUGGCUAGACUUCCUAACCUAGCUUUUGCGAGAAAUUUUUCGAAAUUUUCGUGUAGUUUUGUGAGACCUUUGAUGACGACCCAAUCGCGUUGUGAAAAAGCCCUAGACGAGCUUUCCAAAAAUGCCUAUUACGAGAAAUAUGCUGACAAGAUCGCCAAAUUACAAAAAACCUCCCCAGAGGAGUUCCUCUCUCGAAUAGACGGCCUCAAAAAGACCAAAGCCCCGAAAAAGAACCCCGAAACGAUCACCGAAGGCAAGUUUUCGCAAUUACUAAACCCGAAGAAGCCCCUCAGCUCCGUGGAAGCCUCUGAAGCUUCCUUGGACAAAGUCAUGAAACUUGACUUGAUUAAGGAUAAAACUCCGGAAGAAAUUAAGGAAAUCUGGCAUCAGUACCACAUCCAGAAGAAUUACAUCUCGGCUGUUGUCCCUGCGGAUGACUAUGCCGAGUUGGAGGCAAGGGGGCGCCAAUAUCCCACGUUUCUUUUUCCCUUGCCCCGCAAAGAGGGGUACGAGUUCAUUAUGGCGCAAUUUGAGGGGAACUGUGUGCACUUUACCCCCCUUUUAUACUAUCAGGUGCACAAAGAGAACGCCCCUGAGUGUCUCACAAUGACACAUUACACCGAACUAAAAGACGAGAAGAAAAUUGUCUUGAUGAGGGGGGAGUAUGAUAAGAAUGUCAUUGAUUUAAAGGAGGCCCAAUGUCUCGCAAAUCAGUUACAAUUGUAUUACGUAAGACCCACGGGGGCUCACUUGGAGCUGCUGGAAAGGUUCACCAAACGCCCGGAUGAGUUCAAACACAUGGAUUUGAUCAAACAAAUCGAGAAUUUGUCCUUGUAAAUAUGUAAUUUAUUUAAUUGUAAAAAUAAAAUUAUAGUAACAUAA